CCCACCUUUCUAUUGUCCCCCUCUCAUCCACGCCUCGUUUCGCCGUUGGAUUCCGGAUCGCCAUGGCCGACGUGGGGGACCGCAUGUUCUGCCAUGCUUGUGGCGGCGUCUGGCUGCGCGAAGCUCAGGGCAUGAUCUGUCCGCACUGCGAGUCAGACUUUACUGAAAUUAUCGAAAUCCCGCCAGAUCCCGACGCCGAGCCCCCGCCCUCAUUCCACCGACCCCCCUCGCCCCCCGCCGCGGCCAACGCCCGCUCCCCGAAUCCAUGGGCAGACCACAACCCCUGGGCACACCAGGAGGAAGAUGAUGAUCUCGAUCAAGGCUGGGGUCCCGGACAUGGGAAUGGAUUCACCCAUCGCACCUAUCGGUCUCCGGACGGCCGCUUCACCUUUUCCACCACAACCUAUACCCAUGGCCUCCGAGGGGGGUCACCUCCGACCCAACAGCGACAGGCAAAUCCCGAUCCACUAAUGCCGAUGGUGCAGGGUCUAGAUAGCAUCUUCCAUGGUCUCGCAAGCACCUACCGACAGCAAAAUCGCCCAGGCGGCCAAGCUCAAGCGUCAGGCACAGAUCGCGACCGCGGGAGGACACUGGGAUCUUUUGCCUUUGACAUCGAGGCGGAGGGCCGGACCGGCACGCGGGACGGCGGUCUGCACCCGCGAGAUGCGGAUGGUCCGCAACCGGUGAAUAAUCCUCUGCGGACUCUGGGCGAUAUCUUGGAGCUGUUCCGCUCGGAUUUCGGCACCAACACACAGGCAGGUGGCACUGGCGGCGUCCGGGUGAUGACGGGGCCGAAUCCCCUCGCCAUGCUGUCCACGUUGCUAAACUUCGAUCGUCAUGGGGACGCAGUAUACUCGCAGGAGGAGCUGGACCGCGUGAUCUCUCAGCUGAUGGAACAGAACGCCAACCGCGGAGCGCCACCACCAGCCCCGCCCAGUGCGAUCCAAUCGCUGCCGAAGAAGAAGGUUGACGAGGAGAUGCUGGGGAGCGAAGGUCGAGCAGAAUGCUCGAUUUGCAUGGACACGGUGGAGCUAGGGACUGAGGUCACGGUGCUACCUUGCAGCCAUUGGUUUCACUACAGCUGCAUCGAGCUGUGGCUGAACCAGCACAACACGUGUCCGCACUGUCGACGAAGCAUUGAUGCGCCCCAAACCGAAGGCGCCAACAGUCCUCCCGGAAACAGACCGGCAGCAGAGGGCACAAGCGGCAACCCAGUAGUUAUCCCCGACAGUCCGGAGCGCGAACGGACCCAACCAUCAGCAGCGCGAGACGCUGCAUCACCAUCGGGUUGGAGCUCGCAGUCAUUCUCCUCAUGGUCAUCACCAUGGUCGGGCUCAGAGGGCCCAGAACAACAACAGCAACGUCGGAGUAGUCGAGGAGAGGGGUCCGGAGGGUUUACGGGGUGGGUACGCAGUCGAUUAGGCGGAGGCAGUGGCUGA